UAACAGUAUUCUCUUUUAUGUACUUACCAUACAUACACACAUAAACAGAAAAUAAAGGAACUCUCUGUCAUACGUUACAUACUUUCAAUCAUAAUAACAAGUCUUUCAUUCCCAUAAUAAUAAUAAUAAUAACGAUUUAAAAUAAUGUUCAAAGGUCCAAGUUGUAAUAUAAUAUGAUAGUUGUAACAGAAUAUUCUUCUUUGUGACUUGUAAGAAGGCUAUUCUGUGUUGUUGUUGUUGUUUUUCUAAAAAAGAAAAAAAAAUAACAUUUAUGCCUUUUUUUUUUUUUUCCCUUGAAAUAUGCAAACCUCUUGGAAAAAAUUUUUACAAGCGUCCUUGGCAGAAAAUAUAAAAAGAGUAGGAACAUCCGCAACGUAUGCAUCUUUAGCCACCAUCACUACUGAUAAUAAGCCAGCGGUACGAACGGUGGUUAUAAGAGGAUUCGUUGGUGAACAUCAUACAGAAGAAACGGGAUGGAAAAGCGACUUACUUGUCAUAACUACAAACAAAGGAUCACAUAAAAUAAAGGAACUUGAAGCAAAUCCUUAUAUUGAACUCAACUGGUAUAUGAAUGGUACAAUGGAACAGUUUCGUAUAAGUGGUACAAUUGAUAUCAUAAAAAAGAAUUUUAAUCAGAGCCAGCUAGACAAUCAUUUCUUCGAUGGUCAGCAUUUGAAGAAAGAGGAUACAAGAGUGGAAGGACAAGUGGCUACUAGGAGCAACAAAAGCUUAGCUUUACAAUCAUUUUUAAUAAAGCAGCAGUUGAAUCAUGAUACAUUUGAUUGGCAAGGAGAAAGGUUACGUCAAUUUAUUGAAUUAGGUUCAUCCAUGAGAGCACAGAUGGUUUAUAGUCAAAAGGGUGUUAAGGAACUAGAGAUCAAAAAUAUUGACCCAAUGACAGGCUGGUUUAAAAAUGAACAAGUUCAAGAUUUACUUGAGGAAGCAUUUGAUAAUUUUACAUUACUCAUAGUUAAAGUCACUUCUGUACGUCAUUGGUCCCCAUCAACUGGUUUAAAAGUAUUGUUAUAAAGACUCUUUUCUUUUUUUUUUUAGACUUGAUAAUACAAAAUAAUUGUAUCAAGCAAAGCAAGUUAAGGGAGUAAAUGAUAUGAUAUUGAUAUGAAUAAAAUAAAAUAAAGAGGGUUAGGG